UAAGUGUUGCAGUUACACUUUUUAAUAUAGUUAUCAACUGUUGAGUACAGCCUGCACUAUUAGCUAAGAAUCGCUAAUGUUAAUAUUGUUUUGGCUAAACUGCAAUGUGCAAAACAAAUAAUGGCAAAGGAAGUAACUGCAGAGAAAGUUAAUCAAGGAAUUUUAGCAACCGAAAAAGUGCAUACAGAUUUCGACCAAUUGUUGCAGCAAAUAGACGACCAAAUUAAGCAGUUUGCUGGAGCUGACGCUGUCCUGAUUGGAAACUGUCCCGAUACAACUACCAAAAAAGAUUUGGAUGGUUUUUUUCAUGGAUUUGCCACGAUUGUUAAAUUGCUCAAAAUAGAUUGCGCUCUUAUAAAAACAACACUGUUUGUCGCCAAGUUUGAUUCCGUAGAAUCGGCGUCACGCUCAAAAGUUUUGCACACGCUAUCAUUAAACGGAAAGAAAAUUUUGCUGGUCAAGGCUGAUGAAAAGCAGUUAUUUGAUAAAAAUAAUGUAGUUGAGCUCAACGGACUUCAAGUGUCCUUUAUGCUUGUCGGGCUGCUCUGGCACGUUACUGCGCGCUGCACGUGGUGCACUGUAUUCUAG